AUGUCGAACGCCCUCGAUCAUUUCGCAGUAAGUGAUGAAGGCUCUGCUAUCAGAGUGGCUCUACCUAUAGGCGAAGACAUAGUUUGGAUUCGUUUCUCAAAGGGCUUUCGUGAGGAAUCCCGCGUUUUUCACUGUUCCACUCUAUCUGGUCAUUUGUCACGUGUUAAUGCUUGCGUCUACAGAAAGGGCUCUCAGCAACUAUAUUCUGCGGGGGCUGAUCGUAAUGUACUCUGCUGGGCUCCAGAAAGUGAAAGGAAUCGUCUUCAUCUGGAAGCUGAGACAGCUAAAGCAACUGCCCUGUCGAGCGAUUGGAGUGAUGACGAUUGA